AAAAAUUAUUGUAACAAUAAAACAUUUAUAAAACAGAUCACUGAUCCAGAGUUAAGUUAUGAACGCUAUUCAUGCUAUUGUCAACCGUAGGCUAGCCGCAGAUUCGGCUAAAAAAAUAAUCCACCCAGCAGCAGACCGGAACAAAGAACCAAUCUUGAAUGUUCUUAAAAAAAUAAUAUGUCCUGGAGCAAAUCAAGUCUUCUUGGAAAUAUCUUCAGGCACUGGCCAGCACAUGGCUCACUUUGCCCCGAAUUUUCCUCAGGUAACUUUCUACCCCUCUGAGUACGAUCAGGAAUCGCUUGAAAGUAUUUCUACAUAUGUAUCCGGUUUCACGAAUGUCCACGAGCCGCUCCUCAUUGACAUCACGACAAACUACACUACUUGGGGUGAUGGAAUUUUUAAAAAAAGCAGCAUUGAUUAUAUCUACAACUCUAAUAUGGUUCACAUUUCGCCGUUCGAGACUUCUGUAGGUUUGUUCAAAAAUGCUGGAGAACUUCUGAAGCCCAAUGGGACGCUCAUUACCUACGGGCCUUAUGCUAUCGAUGGGAAAAUUACUCCUGAGAGCAAUGUUCAAUUUGAUAAGACACUCAAGUCUAGGGAUCCUCGCUGGGGAAUAAGAGAUAUCAGAGAUUUGGAAAAGUUAGCAGCGGAAAAUGGUAUUAAGUUUGUUGAAAUGUUCGACAUGCCGGCUAAUAAUAAAACUUUGAUAUGGAAAAAAGAGUAAAAUGUUAAACCAAAGUAAAGUUAUUCUUUUAAAUUGUAAUCUCAUUUUUUAUGACUGGUAUUCACGCAGGAUAGUUUUGAUUUUUGAUACUGAAAUUAACAGACGUUCAAUAAUUUUUUUU